AAUUGACCGAGAUAGCUUGAAUUCUGAUUUAAGUGAAAUGACAAAGCUUAUGAAAAACCUCCUUAGUGAAAAUAAUCAACAUAUAAGUUUACUUUAUCAAGAAAUAAAUUCGAUAAAAAAAACAGUCAUAGACGUGGCUUGUAAACCAUUUAUUCAUCCCAAUUCAAAAGAAGAAGUUCAAAUAUUUUACGGUCAAUUAGCAAUUUUGGGAAAAUUUAUCGAAAGUCCAAAUAUACUCAAGUUUUAUGGACUUUCAAAGAUUGAUGGUAAAGAUGUGAUGGUAUUUGACUGGGCUGAAAUGGGAAAUUUGAGAGAAGUUUAUUUGAAAAGUGCAAUUUCAUGGGAAACUAAAAUUAAGAUUGCGCAUGGCAUUUGUCGUG